UUGGUGUUUGAUGCAAUAAUGGGAAUCAGGUAAUAAUAAAAGGGGAAAUACUGCAGCUCCAUUCUUCCUUGAAUUUUACCAAGCCGAUAUUUGGAGGGAUUAAUCUGGACUCAUUUUAAAUGGUCAAUGAAAACAAGAGGAUGUACAUUCCAGAAGAAAACCAUCAAGGUUCCAACUAUGGGAGUCCCCGUCCAGCUCAUGCCAACAUGAAUGCCAAUGCAGCUGCAGGGCUUGCCCCAGAGCAUAUCCCUACUCCAGGGGCAGCUCUGUCCUGGCAGGCUGCUAUUGAUGCUGCCAGGCAGGCCAAAUUGAUGGGUAGUGCUGGCAAUGCAACAAUAUCCACAGCUAGCUCCACGCAGAGGAAACGACAGCAGUAUGGGAAACAGAAAAAACAGGGUACAACCACAGCUACACGUCCUCCCCGGGCAUUGCUGUGUUUAACGCUGAAAAAUCCCAUCCGGAGAGCAUGCAUCAGCAUCGUCGAAUGGAAACCAUUUGAAAUAAUUAUUUUACUGACUAUUUUUGCCAAUUGUGUGGCCUUAGCUAUCUAUAUCCCCUUUCCAGAAGAUGAUUCCAAUGCCACCAAUUCCAAUCUGGAACGAGUGGAAUAUCUCUUUCUCAUAAUUUUUACAGUGGAAGCAUUUUUAAAAGUAAUAGCAUAUGGACUUCUCUUUCACCCCAACGCUUACCUCCGCAAUGGCUGGAAUUUACUAGAUUUUAUAAUUGUGGUAGUAGGGCUUUUUAGUGCAAUUUUAGAACAAGCAACCAAAGCAGAUGGGGCGAAUUCAAUAGGAGGGAAAGGUGCCGGAUUUGAUGUUAAAGCACUGCGGGCUUUCCGAGUGUUACGCCCCUUACGAUUGGUAUCUGGAGUUCCUAGUCUCCAAGUGGUUUUAAAUUCCAUUAUCAAGGCUAUGGUCCCCUUGCUGCAUAUUGCUCUGCUGGUGCUGUUUGUCAUAAUUAUCUAUGCCAUCAUUGGACUGGAGCUAUUCAUGGGGAAGAUGCACAAGACCUGCUACUUCCUGCAAGGUGGAUUACUAGCGGAAGAGGACCCCUCUCCUUGUGCCCCUCUAUCAGCGCAUGGACGGGAGUGCCAGAAUGGCACUGAGUGCAAACCAGGAUGGGAGGGGCCCAAGCAUGGCAUUACCAAUUUCGACAACUUUGCCUUUGCCAUGUUAACUGUGUUUCAGUGCAUCACUAUGGAGGGCUGGACAGAUGUACUGUACUGGAUGCAGGACGCUAUGGGCUAUGAGUUACCAUGGGUGUAUUUUGUCAGUCUGGUCAUCUUUGGAUCCUUUUUCGUUCUAAAUCUGGUUCUUGGUGUGUUGAGCGGGGAGUUUUCCAAAGAAAGAGAGAAGGCAAAGGCUCGGGGUGACUUUCAGAAGUUGCGGGAGAAACAACAACUGGAGGAAGACUUGAAGGGGUACCUGGAUUGGAUAACUCAAGCAGAAGACAUCGAUCCAGAAAAUGAAGAUGAAGGCAUGGAUGAGGAGAAGCCCCGAAACAUGAGCAUGCCUACAAGUGAGACUGAGUCCGUGAACACAGACAAUGUGGCAGGAGCAGAUAUUGAAGGAGAAAACUGCGGUGCUAGGCUGGCGCAUCGGAUCUCCAAAUCUAAGUUUAGCCGCUACUGGCGCCGGUGGAACAGGUUCUGCAGGAGAAAGUGCCGAGCUGCUGUCAAGUCCAAUAUUUUCUACUGGCUGGUGAUCUUCCUUGUGUUUCUCAACACCCUUACCAUCGCCUCUGAACAUUACAACCAGCCAGACUGGCUUACAGAGGUCCAAGACACUGCCAAUAAGGUGCUGCUAGCUCUUUUCACGGCAGAGAUGCUGCUGAAGAUGUACAGCUUAGGUCUCCAGGCCUACUUUGUAUCUCUCUUCAACCGCUUUGACUGCUUUAUUGUUUGUGGAGGAAUCCUGGAGACCAUCCUGGUGGAGACCAAGAUCAUGUCACCGCUGGGCAUCUCGGUGUUGAGAUGCGUCCGACUCCUGAGAAUAUUUAAAAUCACAAGGUAUUGGAACUCCUUGAGUAACCUAGUGGCUUCGCUGCUGAACUCAGUCCGCUCCAUCGCUUCCCUGUUGCUGCUUCUCUUCCUCUUCAUCAUCAUCUUCUCGCUCCUGGGAAUGCAGCUCUUUGGGGGCAAGUUUAACUUUGAUGAGAUGCAAACCAAGAGGAGCACGUUCGAUAACUUCCCCCAGUCCCUCCUCACGGUGUUUCAGAUCCUGACUGGGGAGGACUGGAAUUCGGUGAUGUAUGAUGGGAUCAUGGCUUAUGGCGGCCCCUCUUUUCCAGGAAUGUUGGUCUGUAUUUACUUCAUCAUCCUUUUCAUCUGCGGAAACUAUAUCCUGCUGAAUGUAUUUUUGGCCAUCGCUGUGGACAAUCUUGCCGAUGCCGAGAGUUUGACAUCUGCUCAGAAAGAAGAGGAAGAGGAAAAAGAAAGGAAAAAACUAGCUAGGACCGCUAGUCCUGAAAAGAAACAGGAGAUUGAGAAACCAGCUGUGGAGGAGGAGACAAAGGAGGAGAAAAUUGAGCUGAAAUCUAUCACUGCUGAUGGAGAGUCCCCGCCUACUACCAAGAUCAAUGUGGAUGAUUAUCAGCCCAAUGAAAAUGAAGAGAAGAACCCAUAUCCUACUACAGAAGCUCCAGCAGAGGAAGAGGAGGAGGAGCCUGAAAUGCCUGUCGGCCCUCGGCCACGCCCAAUGUCUGAACUGCACCUCAAAGAGAAGGCUGUGCCCAUGCCGGAUGCCAGUGCUUUUUUCAUCUUCAGCCCUACCAACAGGUUUCGUCUCCACUGCCAUCGAAUCGUUAAUGAUAACAUUUUCACCAACCUGAUCCUCUUUUUCAUCUUGCUCAGCAGCAUCUCCCUGGCAGCUGAGGACCCUGUCAAACACCAGUCCUUUAGGAACCAAAUCCUAGGCAAUGCAGACUAUGUCUUCACUAGUAUCUUUACAUUAGAAAUUAUUCUUAAGAUGACUGCAUAUGGAGCUUUCCUCCACAAGGGCUCCUUCUGCAGGAACUACUUCAACAUCCUAGACUUGCUGGUGGUCAGCGUGUCUCUCAUCUCCUUUGGGAUCCAGUCCAGUGCCAUCAAUGUAGUGAAGAUCUUACGUGUCCUGCGAGUGCUCAGACCGCUGAGGGCCAUCAACAGAGCCAAGGGACUAAAGCACGUGGUCCAGUGCGUAUUUGUAGCCAUCAGAACCAUCGGAAACAUUGUGAUUGUCACCACUUUGCUGCAGUUCAUGUUUGCCUGCAUUGGAGUUCAGUUGUUCAAGGGCAAACUGUAUAGCUGCAGCGAUAGCUCCAAGCAAACACAAGCAGAAUGCAGGGGGCAUUAUAUUUGGUACAAAGAUGGAGAGGUCACCCAUCCAAUGAUCCAGUCCCGCAAUUGGGAGAACAGCAAGUUCAACUUUGACAACGUCUUGACUGCCAUGAUGGCACUCUUCACUGUUUCAACCUUUGAGGGCUGGCCAGAGCUGCUGUACAAAUCCAUUGAUUCUCACAUGGAGGACGUGGGACCCAUCUAUAACCACAGGGUGGAGAUCUCCAUUUUCUUCAUUAUCUAUAUCAUCAUCAUUGCUUUCUUCAUGAUGAACAUCUUCGUUGGUUUCGUCAUUGUCACAUUUCAGGAACAAGGAGAGCAGGAAUACAAGAACUGUGAGCUGGACAAGAACCAGCGCCAAUGUGUUGAGUAUGCCUUGAAGGCCCGCCCCCUGCGGAGGUACAUCCCUAAGAACCAGUACCAAUACAAAGUGUGGUAUGUGGUGAACUCCACCUAUUUUGAGUACCUGAUGUUCGUUCUCAUCCUGCUGAACACCAUCUGCCUGGCCAUGCAGCACUAUGGUCAGAGCUGUUCCUUCAAACAAGCCAUGAAUAUCCUCAACAUGCUCUUCACGGGUCUCUUCACUGUCGAGAUGAUUCUGAAACUAAUCGCCUUCAAACCCAAGGGUUACUUUAGUGAUCCUUGGAAUGUUUUUGACUUCCUCAUCGUAAUUGGCAGCAUUAUAGACGUCAUUCUCAGUGAAACUAAUCACUAUUUCUGUGAUGCAUGGAAUACAUUUGACGCCUUGAUUGUUGUGGGUAGCAUUGUUGAUAUAGCAAUCACCGAGGUGAACCCAGCUGAACAUACCCAAUGCUCUUCCUCUAUGAAUGCAGAGGAAAACUCGCGCAUCUCAAUCACCUUUUUCCGACUCUUCCGCGUGAUGCGUCUUGUGAAGCUCCUGAGCCGUGGAGAGGGCAUCCGGACGUUGCUUUGGACCUUCAUCAAGUCCUUCCAGGCUCUCCCCUAUGUGGCUCUUUUAAUAGUGAUGUUAUUCUUCAUCUAUGCGGUGAUUGGAAUGCAGGUGUUUGGUAAAAUUGCUCUGAAUGAUACCUCGCAUAUAAACCGCAACAACAACUUUCAGACGUUCCCUCAAGCAGUGCUGCUACUCUUCAGGUGUGCCACUGGUGAAGGCUGGCAGGAAAUCAUGCUUGCGUGUCUGCCAGACAAUAAGUGCGAUCCUGAGUCAGAACCAACCAACUCUACUGAAGGCGACCAUUCCUGUGGGAGCAACUUUUCCAUCUUUUAUUUCAUCAGCUUCUACAUGCUCUGUGCCUUCUUGAUUAUCAAUCUUUUUGUAGCUGUUAUUAUGGAUAACUUUGACUACUUGACACGGGACUGGUCCAUUCUGGGGCCACAUCACCUUGAUGAGUUUAAAAGGAUCUGGGCAGAGUAUGACCCUGAAGCCAAGGGACGGAUCAAACACCUGGACGUCGUGACGCUGCUCCGGCGGAUUCAGCCUCCGCUGGGCUUUGGGAAGCUCUGUCCUCAUCGAGUAGCUUGCAAACGCCUAGUCUCUAUGAAUAUGCCACUGAACAGUGAUGGGACUGUCAUGUUUAAUGCCACCCUCUUUGCAUUGGUCAGAACAGCACUGAGGAUCAAAACUGAAGGUAACCUGGAGCAAGCCAAUGAGGAGCUGCGAGCAAUCAUUAAGAAAAUCUGGAAGCGCACCAGCAUGAAGCUGCUGGAUCAGGUUGUGCCCCCGGCAGGCGACGAUGAGGUGACAGUCGGGAAGUUUUAUGCCACUUUCCUGAUCCAAGAGUAUUUCCGGAAAUUCAAGAAACGUAAAGAACAAGGCCUCGUGGGCAAACCCUCACAGCGGAAUGCUCUCUCCUUGCAGGCCGGGUUGCGCACAUUGCAUGACAUUGGGCCAGAGAUCCGACGAGCGAUCUCCGGAGACCUGACAGCUGAGGAGGAGCUAGACAAGGCCAUGAAAGAAGCUGUUUCCGCUGCCUCUGAAGAUGAUAUCUUCAGGAGGGCUGGUGGCCUGUUCGGAAACCAUGUCAGCUACUACCAAAGUGAUGGCAGGAGCUCAUUCCCCCAGACAUUCACCACACAGCGCCCUUUGCACAUCAAUAAAUCUGGCAACAACCAGGGAGAUACAGAGUCCCCAUCACACGAGAAGCUAGUGGAUUCCACCUUCACUCCCAGCAGCUACUCGUCUUCGGGCUCCAACGCCAACAUCAACAAUGCCAACAAUACAGCCUUGUCCCGCUUCCACAGCCCACCCAGCUACCCAAGUACUGUCAGCACAGUGGAGGGGCAUGGCACACCCUUGUCACCCACCAUACGAGUGCAGGAGGCCCCCUGGAAACUCACUUCCAAAAGGACACAUUACUAUGAAACAUUGGGACGCUCCAGUUCCAGAGACAGCCAGCUGGCAAUCGUUUGCCAAGAGGAAGUGUCUCAGGAUGAGACUUACGAUGAGAAUUUGAAUGAAGACGUAGAGUACUGUAGCGAACCAAGCCUGAUCUCUACUGAAAUGCUCUCAUACCAAGAUGAUGAAAACAGACAACUGACUCCACCUGAAAACAACAAAGGGGAGGGCUCCAGGCAGUCUCCAAAGAGGGGGUUUCUUCGCUCCUCGUCACUGGGUCGAAGAGCAUCUUUUCACUUGGAGUGUCUGAAGAGACAGAAGAACCAAGGUGUAGAUGUCUCACAGAAGACAGUUCUGCCAUUGCAUCUGGUACACCAUCAGGCACUAGCAGUGGCAGGACUGAGUCCCUUGCUCCAGAGAAGCCAUUCCCCAACAACGUUCUCCCCCCGGCUGUGUGCCACACCCCCUGCCGUGCCCUGUAGCCGUGGCUGGCCACAGAAGACCAUCCCGACUUUACGGCUUGAUGGAGUGGAGUCCAGUGAGAAACUCAACAGUAGCUUCCCGUCAAUACACUGCAGCUCCUGGUACUCUGACAGCACCAGCUGCAGCAGCCCUCGGAGAGCCAGGCCUGUCUCCCUCACCGUCCCCAGCCAGACUGGAGGGAGCAGCAGGCAGUUCCAUGGCAGUGCUGGCAGCCUUGUCGAAGCGGUCUUGAUUUCAGAAGGACUGAUGCAGUUUGCGCAAGAUCCAAAGUUCAUUGAGGUCACAACCCAAGAGCUAGCAGAUGCCUGUGACAUGACAAUAGAAGAGAUGGAAAAUGCAGCAGACAACAUACUCAAUGGUAACAGCAAGCAAAGCCCCAAUGGCAACCUCUUGCCUUUUGUUAACUGCAGGGACGCAGGGCAGGACAGUGCAGGAGAGGAAGAGGAAGAGGUGCAGAACCCGGAUUGUAGAAAAAGUCAGGAGGAGCUCCAGGACAGCAGGAUUUAUGUCAGCAGCCUGUAGUUGCCAGGGCUGAAGCGAUGCUGGUUUUUUAUUUGUUUCAAUGUUCCUAAUGGGUUUGUUUCAGAAGUGCCUCACUGUUCUCGUGACCUGGAGUAACCGGAACAGCGUUCUUCAUUCAUUUCUGUUGGGACGAGUCGCAGAGUUGGGUGGUGUAAGAGAGCUUUUCAGGAGCGAAUACAACCCCAGCAUGUGUCCAUGAGGAGGAGGAAGAGGUGGAGGAGGAGAGCCAGCUCCCGCUUGUUCUCAGUCGCUGCACAAGGAAUGAUGGCUGCUUCCUGAAUGCAAAGGAGAACCUCAGCUUCCUGUGGAUGGCCCUAGCCAAAAGGACCCUGCAUCAAACGGGUGUCUUUCAACUUUGCUUGUAAAAAUCAUUUUGCACAUAUUCUGUAUGAGCCUCACCGUCUCCAUAAAGCCAAGGCCCUUUUGAUUUGGAAUAGAAUGAUGGACUUCUUCUGCUGUGGAUUCCAGUACCUUGUUGGGGAGGAGGAAGCAGAAGAAGCCUUAGGGGACAUGAGAGGCAAAUGGCAACACUGCAGGAAGGCUUGUUGACAGAAAAUGCAGAGACUCCCAGGCAGUGGUCUCUGCCAACCAAUCAGAGCUCGGGCAGUCACUUCUGCCAACCAAUCAGAGCUCAGGUAGCCAUGUCUGCCAAUCAAUCAGAGCUCAGACAGCCAGCUGUGCCAACCAGUCAGAGGGCAGGUAGCAGGCUCUGUCAAGCAGAGCUGAGGCAACCUGCCCUUUUAUAAGUGAGGUGGUGAUGGGCUUAUGUAGAUCUCUCCUUGUUUUUGCAGUUUGAUAUUUUCUUGAAAGCAUGUUCCAAUUUUUAUUUUGAAUAUUUUUGUUUUGUUUUGGAGGGAGAGGGGAGAAAGGCGUGUUUACAAAGUUUUGUAACCACCUACCCUUUUUGUUUUGUUAUGUCUUCACCUUUGCAAAUGUUAAAUUGGUUUGGUUACAUUGUAUUAUUUAAACUAUUUUUUCUCCAUUGAAAUUCGGUAGAAGCUAUAAUGAUAGAAGAGUUUUAUCAACCAUUAUGUACACCAAGAAUUUGUAAUUUAAUUUGAUAGUAAUUGAAAUCUCCUUUUUUUUUUGUUGUUUUAUAAUUUAAAGAUAGUAGGCAAUGCACUUGAUAUAGUCUUGCACAUUUGAGUGAUUGACUUGGAUUCUUUUUAGUGCUAGGUAUUUUUGUGAGUGUGUGUGUGAGCGGCACUGAGUGAGGGUGUGUGUGUAUGUGUGUAUAAGUGCAGACAGUUCUCCACUUCCUGGUUUUACCUUCAGGAGAUCUGUAUCUGGGGCCAUUUGAAUGCAAAAACAAACCACUGUCUCUGCUUUUGAAAGGGGAAUCAGUAACUCUUUGCAUUUUCUGUUCCACAAGAUAUGCAAAAACAAUGCAAUAAUAUUAAUUUUAAAAUACAAUUGUGAGUUGUGUUGGCAUUAAAACUGUAUAGAAACAAAAUUAAGGGGAAAAACAAACAAAAGUGAGAAGGAGUUAUGCUUCAAUAUAUUCCGUGUGAUGUUUUAUUGCAUUGAUAAUGUUUCUGUUGAAGAAACCGUAAUACUUGAAUUCAGGUCAGUUUCAGUAUUUUUCAAAUAUUUUUUUAAAAUGAAUUGCAAUUGUGCCAAGCGAAUAUAAUGAAUUGAAUUAAGUUUGUUUUAAAAGAUCACUUCUUGUAUAUUUUGCUGCAUGUAAAGUAAAUCAUUUCGUAUUUGGAGUGUGCCAAGCUUUACCUUUGAACUUUUAAGUGCUUUUCUACGUGUGGUUGGGGAAAUGGGUACUACAUAUUUUUUUUCAUUUUUUAAUUUGUACAAUGAACAAAGUGUACCUAGUGUAAGUAACUAGUCUGCAAUCCACUGACAGGUUGAACGUUACUGAUUUUGCAUAUCUUGUGUUCACUUUCCUUUUUCCUCACUCCCUUAAACAUGCACAAUUAA